UUGAACUCUUUUCCCACUCUCUCUCUCUCUCUCUCUUGCUAGAUUUUGCUACUGUUUUGAGAGAUUUUUUCAUCAUGGAGGAAGAUGGAGAAUGGGUUUUCGUUCAUCCACCAACAGAAAUAGAUUUUUGGAAUCCAAGCUUAAAUCUUUCAGAGACUACUUCUUCUGAUCCUCUGAAAGUUCAGUUCACUGCACCAGCAAAACAUUGGACUAAUGCUGCACCAAUUGGUAAUGGACGUCUUGGAGCUAUGGUUUGGGGUGGUGUUGUUUCUGAAACUCUGCAACUUAAUGAGGAUACACUGUGGACAGGGGUGCCACUGGACUAUACAAACUCUGAAGCGCCUAAAGCACUGGCGGAAGUUAGGAAACUCGUUGAUGAAGGUGAAUACGUUAAAGCUACAGAAGCUGCGUUUCAGUUGUCGGAUAAACCUUCUGAUGUUUACCAACUUUUAGGUGAUAUCAAGUUAGAAUUCGAUGAUUCCCACGUGUCCUAUACAGAAGAAUCUUAUCGAAGGGAACUUGACUUGGACACUGCAACAGUAAAAGUGAGAUAUUCCGUUGGUGAUGUAGAGUUUACAAGAGAACAUUUCAUCUCUUAUCCUGAUCAAGUAAUUGUGACAAAAAUCUCUGCAAGCAAAUCAGGGAGUCUUUCAUUUACGGUAUCACUAGAUAGCAAGUUACACCAUCACUCAUUGGUAAAUGGAGAUAACCAGAUUGUCAUGGAAGGAACCUGUCGUGGUAAGAGGAUUAAGCCUAAAGAUGAUGCUGAUCCAAAAGGAAUUAAGUUUUCUGCAGUAGUUCGCUUGCAGGUUAGUGGUGAUAAAGGAGUGGUAUCAAUUUUGGACCACAGGAAGUUGAAGGUUGAAAAUUCAGACUCUGUUGUGUUACUACUGGUAGCCUCAUCUUCGUUUGGUGGGCCUUCAACUGACCCUCAAGAUUCUAAAAAGAAUCCCACUUCGGAGUCGCUAAAUAAGAUGAAUUCCUUGGAAAACAUUUCCUAUGCUGAUCUUUAUACACGUCAUCUGUCUGACUAUCAGAGUCUUUUUCACCGUGUAUCACUGAAGCUUUCUAAGAGUUCCAAGAGUGUCAAAGGUGAGAAUGACAGGGUUUCAACUGCAGAAAGAGUGAAGGCUUUCAAAACUGAUGAAGAUCCUUCCAUGGUGGAGCUUCUGUUUCAGUAUGGUCGCUAUUUGCUUAUUGCUUGCUCAAGGCCAGGAACGCAGCCGUCAAACUUGCAGGGAAUAUGGAAUAAGGAUGUUGAGCCAGCAUGGGAUGGUGCGCCGCAUCUGAAUAUCAAUCUUCAAAUGAACUACUGGCCUUCCCUUUCUUGUAAUCUUCGGGAAUGUCAAGAACCUUUGUUUGAUUACAUCUCCUCUCUGGCAGUCAAUGGAAGUAGAACAGCACGAGUCAAUUAUGAAGCUAGUGGUUGGGUGGCACAUCAAGUGUCAGAUGUAUGGGCAAAAACAUCACCAGACUAUGGGGAUCCUGUUUGGGCAUUUUGGCCAAUGGGUGGAGCAUGGCUAGUCACACAUCUGUGGGAGCAUUAUACUUACACAAUGGACAAAGGAUUUUUAGAAAAAAAGGCUUAUCCAUUGUUGGAAAGUUGCGCAUCGUUUCUGUCGGACUGGUUGAUAGAAGGCAAAGGAGGAUUUCUUGGGACCAACCCAUCAACUUCUCCUGAGCAUAGAUUUGUUGUCCCAGGUGGCAAGACUGCUAGUGUGAGUUACUCGACAACUAUGGACAUGUCAAUCAUCAGGGAAGUUUUCACCCAAGUUAUCUCUGCUUCUGAGAUUUUGGGGAAAACUAAGGAUGCUUUAGUUCAGAAGGUUAAAAAAGCACAAGCAAGGCUUUACCCAACAAAAAUUGCUAGAAAUAAUUCUAUCAUGGAAUGGGCAGAAGAUUUUCAGGAUCCAGAGCCAACCCAUCGCCAUGUGUCGCACCUGUUUGGUUUGUUUCCAGGACACACGAUAACUGUGGAGAAAACUCCAGACCUAUCUAAAGCUGCUGAGAACACACUUCUUAAUAGAGGAGAGGAAGGUCCAGGAUGGUCAACAACAUGGAAAGCAUCUCUGUGGGCUCGUCUUCAUAGCAGUAAACAUGCAUAUCGGAUGGUCAAGCAUUUGAUCGACUUGGUGGACCCAGAUCACGAGAGUGACUAUGAAGGAGGCCUUUACAGUAACCUGUUCACUGCACACCCUCCAUUUCAAAUUGAUGCCAAUUUUGGAUUUUCUACAGCAAUUGCCGAAAUGCUCGUUCAAAGUACUGUAGAUGACCUGAAUCUGCUUCCAGCUCUACCUCGCGAUAAGUGGGCAAGUGGGUGUGUGAAAGGUCUGAAAGCUCGUGGUGGUGUGACAGUCAAUAUUUGCUGGACUGGAGGAGAACUUCACGAAGUUGGUCUUUGGUCGAAGGACCACAACUCCUUAAGAAGAAUUCGUUACAACGGAGCUACAGUUACCACUGUAAUACUACCUGGGAACGUUUACACAUUCAACAAACAACUAAAAUGUGUGAAAAAGCAAAGUCUCUUCUAAAUAUCAUUUUGUCAAAAACAAAGAGGGUAUUUUUUAGGGAGGAGACUGAUUAUUGAUAAGGGGCUGGCUAUUCAAAACAUAAUGAAGUUUUUUGUCAGAAUGAGGUUUAUGAGUGAUUACUUGAUUUCAUGCUCUAUGGGCUGUUUGGUAACCAUUAUUUUAAUGGAUUAUCAGCCCAUCAUCCAUUAUUCAGAUCGCUUGGUAAUCAUUAUAAUAAUUUAUUAUUUU